UAGCACACAAAUGUGCCCCGCCCAAUAUCAUCUGUUAACUGCUGGGUUGUGGUUUAAGGAAGAAAAUUGUUAUUAAUCGAAUUUAUGAGCGAUUUAUUUGCUGCACGAGUGACUGCUAGUGCGUUUCAGCCUGAAAUUAAAAUGUCGAACCGAGCGUAGUUCGCGAUUCGCACGAUGGACGGCGAGAAUGCGGCGGCGGCGACGGAGGAGGCGAGCGAGCUCGGCGAAACCGCGACCUGCAGCCAGGGCGAUGAGUUGCAGUCGCUGCGAGAGCAGAUCCGGAAGCUGGAGGAGGAGAAAGGCAAAAUCCAGGACGAGUUCGGCCACCAACGCGCUAAAAUGAAAGAGCUGUUCGUCCAGAAAGAAGUGCAAUGGCAGAAGGAAGCUGAGGAGAACGGAAGGCUGAAGGAAAGUCUGGGCCGGCUGGAAGCGGAAUUGGGCGAGGCAAAGAGUCAGCUGGUGGCCAUCGGGUUUCAGCAGGAGACCGACCUGCUCGCCGAACAGCAGAAUUGCCAGACGGAAAUCGCCUCUCUGCAGCAGCUGAUCCAAGAAACCGUGGAGGAGAGCAGCUCGUCCCGGAGCAAGUACGAGCAGAAAAUCAAACAGCUGCAGGAGGUGAACAAGCAGCUGGACCUGGAGUUGCAGAACCUGCGCAGCAGCGGCCCCGUGGACAUGAGUCUGCUCGGCGACGGCGUGUCCAACGUGCUGAACCCGCUGACGGCGGUGACCAAGUCGCUGGCGCGGCGCGUGGUCAGCCUGGCGCCCAACGCCACCACCAUCAUUCCGCAGUCCAGUCUGGUACCUAGACCAAGCUCGCCCACAAAAUCAUUACCAAACGAACACGCCAACCUCGAGGAAUGCAUGAGAAAAGCGCAGGAAGACGCUGUGAUGCUGAGGUCGUUGGUGAUUCCGCUCGAGCAGGAAAUCGACGCGCUGAAAAGCAAGCUGCGUCACACGGACCAGGAUUUGCAGUGGUUCUACGCCAACACAAACCAGUUGCGGCCUCCGACUGCAGAAGCAAGUGCCAUGGAGGAGAAAACGCAGACUGCCGACGGCGCCGAGUCAAUCAAGAGUUCCACCAGCAGCGAUCAGCUGCAAAAAGAACUGGCUUCCCCCGGAGGCGGUGCAAAGGCCGACUUAUCAUGCGAUAUGUGUGCCAACUACGAAACGCAGCUGCAGAUGGUGCAGAAACAGCUUCUUCAGCUGGGUGCUGAGAAGAAGCUGGUGCAAAAGGCGGCCGAGCGUUAUCGCGAGGAUUUGAGCAAAGAGACCGAGUACCGCAAGGAGAUGGAGAACAAGUGGAGCGAGAAAAAGGAGGAGCACAAGAAACGCGUCGAAAUGCUCACGGCAGAAGUGACCAAGGCCGAACAGGCGUGUCUCCAGGUGAGGGAGGCGUUCAAUAUGGCGCGGACGAUGCUGGAGAGCCGCUUCAAUGCUUUGAGCAGCGAGCACGAAAACGUCAGCAAGAAUCUGAGAGAAAUCCAGGCUGAAAACGAGAGACUAGCAGGGAAGUUCUGCAAAAAGGCGACAGAGCUGCAGGACGAGUGCAUCAACUUGCCUGACAGCGUUGACGAGCUGCAAGAAAAGCUCCUGCUGACCCGUGAAGACCUGAUCACGAGUUCGGUGGGCAAAGAGCGGGCCGAGGAAUUGCUUAUCGAAGUGCGUGCCGAGCUCGAGCUCACGAGAUCUGAACUCCGCGAGCAGCUGAAGGUGUUUUCCGACGAAAACAAGAAACUAAGACUAAUCGCUGAAGAGUACAAAGCAGUGAAGGCUGCUGAGCAGGCGUCGCAACUCAUCAUCGCCGAGCUCAAAAAGGAACUCGACGAAAACAAGCGAGCCAGAGCGGCAGCGGAGAAGACGGAGCAAGAGUUGCGCAACCGAGUGGCCUCGUUGCAGGAGGAUCUGGAAAACAACGAAGCAACGCAGCAGGACUUUGUCCAGCUGUCGCAGUCGCUGCAAAUGGAGCUGGAGCGGCUGCGAGAGGCCGAGAAGGAGGUGCGCUGGCAGCACGAGGACGACGUCGACGAGUGUCCCGGCUGCAAGCAACAGUUCUCCGUCACCAGGAGAAAGCGGAACUGCAAGCACUGCGGGCGCAUCUUCUGUCCUGCCUGCCUGCCGCACCAGGUGGCGAGCGGUCCUCGGCAGCGGAUGAACAAGGUUUGCGCCGUGUGCCACACGCUGCUGGUGCGCGACUCGGCGCCCUACUUCAGCAAGCGGCUGCCCAACACGCCCGACUAGCCGCCGCCACCAGAUGAUCAUGCUUCUGUGAUAUAAAGUGACGAGAACGUUAUUUCCACCCCCGCCCCGCCCCCUUCUCACCCCUCGCUGUUAUCAAUUAUAGAGAAAAGAUGGUUCGUUUCCGCUCUCCGCACAGAGAGAGAGAGAAUGAGAGAAAGAAAGAGUUAAUGACACACUGUCAUAUUAUUAUUACUGCUGCAUGUUCCAAUAAAUUCGAUUCCAUGGCCAGUCA